AUGGCAAGGGAUAGAUUAUCUGCACCGGACAACAAAGAAGUUCGCAUAAGGUUGAUUGGCACAAGAUCAAAUGAUUCAAGACAAUAUACAACACCUACCGCAACAGAAAUUGUUGGUCUCAUUGUUGGAGAUUUUGGUGAAUCAAAUGGACGAAGAGAUAUAGUUAUUGAGCAUAAAACAGAUGGCCUGCAGAGAAUAAAAGAAUAUCAUCCAAAAUUCAUGGCAAUGCAAUAUCCUCUGUUAUUUCCAUAUGCUGAGGAUGGAUUUCACCUAGACAUUUAUUAUUCUCAAAAUCAUGCAAAAAGAAAGAAAAAGAAAAAAAGAAAAAAAGUUACCAUGAGAGAAUAUUAUGCUUACCGGAUACAACAGAGGCCCUGUGAAGCAAAUACUCUUAUUAUUGGUGGUCGACUGUUCCAACAAUACGUUGUUGAUGCAUUCACGGCAAUAGAAGAAGAGCGACUGCGCUGGGUUAGACAGAAUCAAACAGUGUUGCGUACGGAUCUGUACAGAAAUGUAUGUGAUGCAGUUGUGCGUGGAGAUACAAUAGCUGCUGCUACUGGGAAGAGAAUCGUUUUGCCAUCUUCUUUUACAGGUGGCCCUCGAUAUAUGGUUCAAAACUAUCAAGAUGCCAUGGCCAUAUGCAGGACAUUUGGAAAUCCUGAUAUCUUCAUGACAUUUACUGCUAAUCCAAAGUGGCCAGAGAUUCAAUACAUGCUUCAGAAAAUACCAGGUCAAUCUGUCGAUGAUAGACCGGACAUCAAGACAAGAGUUUUUAAAAUGAAACUUGACCAGCUAAUGAAACACAUAGUGGAGGGGCAAUAUUUUGGUAAAAUUAUAUCAGCCAUUUAUACCAUAGAGUUUCAAAAAAGAGGUCUGCCACAUGCACACAUACUAUUAUGGUUGCACCCAAGCAAUAAGUAUCCCACCCCGGAGGAUAUAGAUAAGAUUAUUACUGCAGAAAUGCCAUCUAAGGAAGAUGAUCCAGAAUGUUUUAAUGCGGUAAAACAGUUCAUGCUGCAUGGACCGUGUGGAGAUGCAAAUAUAAAUGCACCUUGCAUGAUUGAUGGUAUUUGUAGUCGAAAAUUUCCCAAAAGUUUUUUCGAUGAAACAACAAUAGAUAGAGAUGGGUUCCCGACGUAUAGAAGGAGGGACGAUGGAAGACAUGUGAUAAAAGGAGAUAUCAAUUUAGACAAUCGGUAUGUGGUUCCAUACAAUCGAGGUUUGUUGCUGGCAUUUCAAGCACAUCUAAAUGUUGAAUGGUGCAACAAGUCAAGGGCCAUAAAGUACCUAUUUAAAUAUCUUCACAAGGGCCCAGAUAGAGCAAUAAUGGUAAUAGAAGAUAAUGUUUUGGGCAACAGAAGCACAAAUGCAACUCAUAUAACAAUGGUUGAUGAGGUCAAAACAUUCUUGGAUUGUAGGUAUGUAUCGGCAUGUGAAGCAUGUUGGAGGAUAUUCAAUUUUGACAUACACUACAGAAAUCCGGCUGUUAUGAGAUUGAGCUUUCAUUUGCCAGAAGAACACUCAAUCACUCUAAGAGAUUCAGAGCAAUUGUCAGACGUAAUUUCAAAGGAAGGAGUUGAACAUACUAUGUUUACAGAAUGGAUGCUAAUGAAUUCAAUGAGCUCGGAAGCACGUACAUUAACGUAUUCUGAGUUUCCCAAAAAAUUUGUUUGGGACGAGACAAAAAAAAAGUGGAAAAAACGGAAAGCUGGAAGAACAAUCGGAAGAAUUUAUUAUGCACAUCCAACUAGCGGGGAGAAAUAUUACCUCAGAAUUUUACUGAAUAUUGUUCAUGGUCCAACAAGCUAUGAAGAAAUAAAGACAGUGGGAGGGGUGACUUAUCAGACAUUCAAAGAAACAUGUAAUGCUCUUGGGCUAUUGAAUGAUAACAGAGAGUGGAAUGAUGCAUUGAAUGAAGCAUCACAGUGGGCCACAGGCACUCAAUUAAGAGAGUUAUUUGUUACCAUUUUGCUUUAUGGAGAAGUGGCAGAUAUAGGGAAACUAUGGGAAACUAAUUGGAAAACGUUGUCUGACGAUAUUGUCUACAAAAAGAGAAUAUUGUUUCAACACUCCAGAUUGGAGCUUAAUGAUGAACAGAUUCAAUCAUACUGCUUGAUUGAAAUUGACAAGAUUUUGGUUCGUGCUGGAAGUUACCUUUCUGAUUUUGAUGGAAUGCCGUUGCCAAAUAGUGAAUCCUUUGAAGCCACGGAAAACCGACUUAUUGUGGAAGAGCUUAGUUAUAAUGUUGAUGACCUGAAAAAAGAACACGAAAGAUGUCAUCCAUUGUUGAACGAACAGCAGAUUGAUAUAUAUAAUAAUGUUAUAAAUGCUGUCAACACUAAUAUUGGUGGACUCUACUUCGUGUAUGGCCAUGGAGGGACUGGCAAGACUUUUCUAUACAGAACAAUUAUUGCAAAACUCAGGUCAGAAAAAAAGAUAGUACUUGCUGUUGCUUCUUCAGGUAUUGCAUCCCUCUUGCUUCCUGGAGGAAGGACCGCUCAUAGUAGAUUUAAAAUUCCUCUUGAGAUCUAUGAAGACAGCACAUGCUCAAUAAACCAAAAUACUCAUCUAGCUGAUCUAAUGGUUCAAACAGAUCUCAUAAUCUGGGAUGAAGCACCAAUGACUCAAAGAUAUGCUUUUGAAGCUCUUGAUAGGACACUUAAAGACAUAAUUGGUUUCAAAUUUCCGGAUAGGGCAGAGCAACCAUUUGGAGGAAUGACAGUUCUUCUUGGAGGAGAUUUUAGGCAAAUACUUCCUGUAAUACCAAAAGGUCGAAUACAUGAUAUAAUUCAAUCAUGCAUCAACAAGUCUUUUUUGUGGGACUACUGUACAAUAUUUUCAUUGUCCAAAAGCAUGAGGGUCAGAAAUACUACCUCUACAGGCAAAGAACAUGAUGUGAUACGUGAAUUCAAUAAAUGGCUACUUCAACUUGGUGAUGGAAACAUUCAAGCACAAAGCCGACGUGGUGAAGAUUUUGCAUCGUGGACGACGAUACCAGAUCAAUAUCUUAUCCCACCAAUGGGUGAUCCACUCAAACAAAUUGUGGAUAACACUUACCCAGAAUUAAAGAGCCAUCUGUGGGAUGAAGAAUAUUUCAGGGAAAGAGCAAUACUCACUCCUCUAAAUGAAACAGUUGAUGAAAUCAAUAAUUAUAUUGUUCAGUUUACUGAUGGAGAAACAAAACAAUACAGAAGCUCAGACGAGAUUGACAAGACAACUGACAACAUAUCAGAUCAAGAGCUCAUGUAUCCUGUGGAAUUUCUAAACUCCUUAAAUAUUAAUGGAUUUCCAAGACAUUGUUUGGAGCUUAAAGAAGGAAUGCCUAUUAUGUUAUUGAGGAAUAUCAAUCCGGCAUUAGGAAUGUGUAAUGGAACAAGACUUAUUAUUACGCAUCUAGGAGAGCGAGUAAUAGAGGCUAAAAUAAUUACAGGAUCUAACGUUGGUUCAAAGGUGCUAAUCCCCAGAAUUGUUCUUACUUCUAACGACUCUAAAUGGCCUUUUCUGUUGCGCAGGAGGCAGUUUCCAAUUAAGGUGUGCUAUGCAAUGACAAUAAACAAAAGUCAAGGCCAGUCAUUAAAUUAUGUGGGAUUAUAUUUGCCAAGACCUGUAUUUAGUCAUGGACAACUAUAUGUUGCCUUUUCAAGAGUCACUUCCCCAGAGGGACUGAAAAUUCUAAUUGUUGAGCGUGAUGAGAAUUAUGUACAAUACACGAAAAAUGUAGUGUACCAUGAGGUAUUUAGUGGUCUUCCUCAAUGUAAAUAUAUUUGA